CCAUCACUAGCCUUAAUACCAUUGAGAGAGUGAGACGAGUAGUGAGAGUAACGUUAGUAGCUAGUGAAAGAGAUCGAUAGAUUGAUAGAUAAAUAGAUAGAUACAUAGAUAGAUAUCAUAGCAUAGCAUAAAUAUAUAGUCAGAGAUAGCAUAGCAUAACAGAUAGCUUAGAGAAAGAGUAGAGAAUAAAUAGACAACAUGGUUUAUUACUGUGUUUGUGGCGGGUGCAAGAACUCCAGCAAAACUGGACAUAGGGUCCAUUGUUUCCCCAAGGACAAAGGGAUCUUCCGAAGCUGGGUGCAAUUUGUCAAGAUUAGGCGGGCAGAUUUUUCAGCUAGCUCUGUCACCGCCUACUCGAGAAUAUGCAGCGCGCAUUUCAAGGAGGAGGAUUACCACUCUGGGGAUGCCAAGAUGGUCGCACUUUCUUUAAAAAGUAUGAGGAUGGCUAAGUUAAUUCCUACCGCCGUGCCGUCUGUGAAUGCAAACCUCUCUGCUUGUCCUGUCCCGAGGUCGAGAGACACCGUCUGCCGCAAGCGAUAUAUUGCCACGAUGAUGACAGAUACCUCACAGCAGGAGACCGUGGACAGUGUAGACACUGUGGAGAGUGUCGAUACUGGCGAUCAGCCCUUGCCCUCCUCCACUUCUGAUGCUGUGACACAGUGUUAUUUGAAGCCCCCCCGAUGGUCUCGCGCUGUGCAGGUUAACCUGAAGCCCAAGAUGGUCAGCGUGGGUACACAGACGUCUUUCAGCCCACAAACCUCCACUCCCCUCGCUAGUCCUGAACAGACAGAUGAUGAAGAUGAUGAUAAUGCCUCUGUCGUUAGUGACUUAUCGUGCGUGCCCGAAGAGCCGAUGCAUGAGGAGGACUUGUUUGAUGAGGAGCCACCUUACGCGUGUGACCCCCACCACAAUGGCAUUGACAAAUUCAUUGUUUGCCAAGAGGAGCUGAUGGGCCUUUUUGCCAUCUGUCCGGCCUGUUGUGAGAGGUCAGAUAGUAGCAUCGGGCAGCAGGAAGGAACUUUUGUUAAGAUCAAGCAGGUACGGUUUUGUUUGCGCAGCAGGCCAUCUGGUUAGAAAAUCAGAAUAUCUAAUUACAAUCUGAUAGCUCUGACUGUCUUGCCAGAUAAUUUACAAUGUAUGUACCAGGCUGGCUUUAGUCUGUUGGUUUGUGAUGUGUUUUUUCCAUCUUUGUAAGUGGCAAUAAUUGUCGCUGUACCCCAUUCAAGGGGUCCUGCAUGCCGCAUGUCUGCUCCUCUGCCUGUUAUUUGCAUGAAAUUUGUUGUAUGUAAUUCAAAAUAAUUUACCAAUCAUUUUACCUGUGCCUUGUCAACCUCUGUGUGCGGUGUUGUCUGGGCUCACUGUGUGUCUGCUUGAUGUGCUUUUGCGUGUGUGUGUGAGAGAAACAAAAGAAACUGUGCAAACGUUUCAGGUCAGUAAUCUUCGUCCUUGUUCAGUAAAUGUUCAGUAACCGUUAAAAGCAAUGCCAAUAAACUGUGUUUUCUUAUCAAAA